AUCCUCUCAAAAUUCGCGCAUUAAAAAAGACGAGUACGGUUUCUACUUGCGCUGUAGACCUAAAUAACCACCUCUAGUAGCUAGAGAAGUGAAGACUUGACCAUGGCAACCAUGAACCUACCCGAUCCGGUACGAAACAGUGAUUCCUCUGACAACGAAGGACUGAACAAUGUGACCCCUAGGGGCGACCCUCGCAUGAACCGAGCUGUGCAACUCAGACUAGAGGACCCUGAUCUUUCUUUGGAAAUGUGCCUGCGCCUCGGUGGGUUUGCUUACCCUCCAAAGGCCCCGGGUCAUGCUGUGGACAACGAAAUGGUGAGCUUUCGACAGAGAAAGAACCAGCUGAACAGGCGUGUGCGACGUGCAAAGAACGAGGCUGACAAUAAGCAGUUCCUCCGACAAGCUCGGAAAGUCUCUCGCACAACACAAUUGUACCUGGUAGACGCUGGCGUUGCUGCCAACAGGUCCAAGGGUGAAACCUACGGUCAGUUGGCAAUUCCAGCUGCAGCGCCCCAAGACGCUCCCAGAAGCAAGCCCAUUGGUGGUGGACCGUCUCUGGGGCCCACGUCCAGUGCUGCAUCCUCCAACACCUUCCAACCGGCAAGUUCCGCUGCUGAUGGGAACACCCAAGCCGAUGAAUUCUCUAGCUUCAUUGAUUCAAUCUUGGAUCAAUCUUUGCCUGAGGACCCUCUAGUUGCUCCUGGAGCGGGUCGGCAGAACUACCGAGUUUCGAAGAAGACGAGCUCGAACGGAACACAAAGCUCUGCACCUCGAAGCUUCGUUGGCAGCAAUCUAGUCAACACGUUUCCUGCUGUUGACGCCAGUCAAGGUCGGUUGCCUGGACCAGUGUCCAACGCAGGCGGUUGGCCUUCAGUGACGAAUCCAGAACAUGUUGGCAGUUCAACUCAGCCACAGCUAGAUGACCCGAGAUUCGCCGUCGCCCUGGGCUUGUUUGGAGACGACCUCCACGUUUUCAAGUAUCAAAAGGCAAUGUUGCUCGCUGGAUACUCUGUCGACGAGACAAAGGUAUCCUCGGAAGCCUUUCAAAAGUUUGCGUCUUGUGCUUGGGCAAAGGAAUGCCGCAGACUCGUGGGGCUUUUCGGGAAGUGAUGCAAUAGAUAAGGAUCAUGAUUUGCAUCCCUUCUGCACUGUACCGGUACACAAUUGCACCUCUUUCUUCGACUUCGACGUACGUCAAUAACAGCAAUCCCAUCCUUGCGUCUACUUUUAAGAUCUAUAUCAAUAAAUAAGUCUGAAGUACCAACGUG